ACCGUUUCUCCCUCAGAGCUGCGGAGAGUUAUUUUUACCUUUGUUAUCCGUUUUAUUUCCAGGCCCCUGCCAGUGUUUGUGAGGAGGAAGACUAAUCUGCCGCGCUCUGGAUGACUUCCACUCGGCCUUGAGCGGGCCGAGCUCGGCGAGCACGAAAGCGAGCGUCUGAAAGCGAAGCGCCUCGGUUCAGCGUUUCCUUUUUUUGCGUCCCGUCUCCCGCGUCUGGCGUUUCAUCAGCUCUGUGAGGAUGGCCCUCUCGGCCUUUCCCCGGAGGAGGACAGCUCUGUGUUGAUCCAGGAAGUGUGUGAGAGAAAAGGGGAGGGGGGGGUAGAGAGAGAGGGAGAGAGGGAGAGAGGGAGAGAGAGAGAGAGAGAGAGGGACGUGUCGGUCGGGCGGUCUCCAGGACGAUGUCCUGGAAGAGGAACUACUUUGCGUCGGGCAGCAGCGGACUCCAGGGGAUCCUGACGCCCAGGAACAUGACGUCCAUCGCCCCCAGCAAAGGGCUGAGCAACGAGCCGGGCCAGAACAGCUGCUUCCUCAACAGCGCGCUGCAGGUCCUCUGGCAUCUAGACAUCUUCCGCAGGAGUUUCAGGCAGCUGACCACCCACAAGUGCAUGGAGGACUCCUGCAUAUUCUGCGCUCUGAAGAGCAUCUUUGCGCAGUUCCAGUUCAGCAGCGAUAAGGUGCUGCCGUCGGACGCCCUGCGCAGCGCCCUGGCCAAGACCUUCCAGGACGAGCAGCGCUUCCAGCUGGGCAUCAUGGACGACGCCGCCGAGUGCUUCGAGAACAUCCUGAUGAGGAUCCACUUUCACAUCUCUGCCGAGAGCAAGGAGGACAUCUGCACCGCCAAGCACUGCAUCCCGCACCAGAAGUUCGCCAUGACGCUGUUUGAGCAGUGCGUCUGCAGCAGCUGCGGUGCCACGUCGGACCCCCUGCCCUUCAUUCAGAUGGUGCACUACAUCUCCACCACCUCCCUCUGUAACCAGGCCAUCCGCAUGCUGGAGUGCCGGGAGAAGCCCACGCCGGACAUGUUCGGAGAGCUGCUCCGCAACGCCAGCACCAUGGGGGACCUGCGCAACUGCCCGGCUAGCUGUGGGGAGAAGCUGCGAAUUCGGCGGGUGCUGAUGAACUCUCCUGAGAUCAUCACCAUCGGGCUGGUGUGGGACUCGGACCACUCCGAUCUGGCCGAGGACGUGAUCCACAGCCUGGGCACCUGCCUUCGCCUGGGCGAUCUCUUCUACAGAGUGACGGAGGACAAGGCCAGGCAGUCGGAGCUCUACCUGGUGGGCAUGGUGUGCUACUACGGCAAGCACUACUCCACCUUCUUCUUCCAGACCAAGAUCCGCAGGUGGAUGUACUUCGACGACGCCCACGUCAAGGAGAUCGGGCCCAAGUGGAAGGACGUGGUGUCCCGGUGCAUCAAGGGGCACUACCAGCCCCUGCUGCUGCUCUACGCUGACCCCCGGGGGACGCCCGUGUCGGUGCAGGACCUGCCCACCCACCUGGACCUGCGGCACUACAACAAGGCCUACUACGACAGCGAGGACUCGGGCCGGGAGCCGUCCAUCUCCAGCGACACCCGGACGGACUCGUCGACGGACAGCUACACGUACAAGCACUCGCACUCGCACCACGAGUCCAUGGUCAGCCACUUCUCCUCCGACUCGCAGGGCACGGUCAUCUGUAACCCCGACGACACGGCCUCGCAGAGCAGCGUGGAGACCGCAGGGCCAGGGACGGACAGUGAGCCGGCGCAGCGGCCGGCGCCCAGGAAAGGCGGGACUUUGGACAGGAAGGGCGGGGCCGGGGACAGAAAGCGGAGCUCUAGCCGGCCGCGGCGCUUUGAGGAGCGGGGCCGCGCCCCUAAGGCGGACGAGGCGUCCUCCGCCGGCUACCACAGCGAGGGUGAGACUCUGAAGGAGCAGCAGGUCCCCCGUGCGGGGGGACUCAAACCCACGUCCAGCCGGCUGAAGGAGUUCAAGGAGACCAUGAGCAACAUCAUCCACAGCCGCCCGCUCUCGGCCUCCAGCCUGGGGCUGGGGGGGCGGGAGUGCCCCCCCCGGGCGCGGGACUGGGACGUGGAGAGCACCAGCAGCGAGUCCAAGUCCAGCUCCUCCGGGGGGCGCUACAGGCCCGCGUGGAAGCCCAGGCGGGAGGCGCUGAACAUCGACAGCAUCUUCAGCCGGCGGCAGGCCGGCUACAGCCCGCUGGGCUCCGCCCCCCUGGUGGAGGACGCCGACGCGGCGGGGGCGGGGUCAGGGGCGGGGGCCGGGACGGGCACGACGGCGUCCGGGACGGGGGCGAGGACGGGCACAGGCGUAGGCACGGGGGCGGGGGCUGGAGCUGGAGGGCGAUCCCGGACCCUCCCCCCGCCCCAGCCCCGCCUCAUUCAGAGGAUGGAGAGCGGCUACGAGAGCAGCGAGAGGAACAGCAGCAGCCCCGUCAGCCUGGACACGCCCCUGAGCGAGAGCUCCUGCCCCGGGGCGCACAGGGACGCGGGGUCCCGGAAGCAUUUUGGCCCUGGCCCGUCCUGGCGCAGCGUGCCCAAAUCCAAAAGCAGCAGCGCCCUUCUGCAGGACCUGAAAACAUCGACCCGGGGCAGCAGCCACCUCAGCCUGGGCGGGGAAGGCCGCAGCGAGCUGGACGAGCUGCAGGAGGAGGUGACGCGUCGGGCCAAGGAGCAGGAGCUGCAGAGGAAGAAGGAGAAGGAGAAGGAGGCGGCCAUGGGCUUCAACCCCCGGCCCAGCAAGUUCAUGGACCUGGACGAGCUGCAGAACCAGGGGAAGGGGGACGGCUUUGAGCAGUGCCUCCAUGAGGCCGAUGCGCUCCUAGAGCAGUCCCUGCAGCUGGAGCAGGCCGACGACAUGGCCGCCGCCCUCUCAGUGUGUAACCAAGCUGUGUCUAAACUAAGACUUACCAUGCAUGAGGGCUACGCUAACACACAUAGCAGAACUGUGGCUGAUAAGAAGCUGCAAAGGUGCAUGAGGAGGGCCCGAGGCCUGCAGCAGCGCAUGCAGCCGCAGCAGGAGCCGCAGCCGCCGCAGCCGACGCAGCUGACGCAGACGCAGGGCCUGCCCAGUGAACAGCCUAUCCCGGGCCAAGUAUUGCUGACGGCCGCUCAGUUGGAGGACCAGGAAGCUGAAGAGAACGCCACCCUUGGCCCGCCCCCUCCUGUCCACGUUAAGCCCCUCCCCCCAUGUAGAAAUAUGCCCACCGAAGCCUUGAGCCACCUGCCUCCCUGCCCCUCCCGCGCUGUGGAGUUCCCAUGGAAACAGGGCCCCAAGGAGGAGGGCGGCGAGCUCCCAGCCCCGCCCCCAGGCCCCGGCGGCGGCGAGCGCGAGAUGAGAGGGGAGGGGCGGGAGCGCCCCCCGCCCUGGGCGGGCGCCCAGCUCGCCGACGUGGUCCCGGACGAGGGCCCGCACGCCCGGCACGCCCGUAAGCACAGCGUUGCCUCCUUACCCUCCCUCUCCCUGGACUGGGACGGCCUGCUCAUGGAAGGGGAGGGCGGAGCCCAGCCCGCUCAGCCCACGCCCCCGCCCCUGGCUCCGCCCCCCCGGGGCCCGGGCGACGCUUCGGACUGGAACGCCUUCCGCGCCGGCCCCCCGGUUCACGCACCGACGCACUCGAACCCUCGACCCUCCCUGCCGGCGGACCCCACCCCCGAGAGGGAAUACUGCAGCGUCGCAGAGGAGUACCCCCAAAGCUACCCCAGAGCCCCGUCCCGACCGCACGUUCACACCCCCCCUCUGCAGGCCCCCCCGGUCUCCAGCGCCGGCCACAGGCUGGCCCCAAACCCCGACGCCCGAAACUGGUCCUCCUGGAGCCUGGACGGGCCGGACGGCAUGGACACGCCCUUCUACGCCCCGCCCGACGGCCACUGCAAGCCGGGACGCCCCUCCUCCCCCGCCGAGGGGGCCGGGCCGCUGCCCGCCAUGCCCGUGGAGCGCUGGGCCGAGAACGUCGCCCGAUACUACAACUCCCAGCAUGCCCCUGAGCCGGACCGCGGCUCCCCCAGCCCCGAGCUCUCCGAGCUGGACUCCCUGUACCAGGCCAGCCUGCAGGCCUCGUGCGCCCCCAGGGUCCUUCACAGCGCCCACCCGCUGCAUUCUGGGAAACCAGCGAUGGCGGCGGCGCGGAAGCUGCUGUCUGGGAUGGCCACGCCCGGCCGCUCCAAAACCCCCACUGCCGAAAUCGAGAGGAGCGCGUACAGGACCCCCGUCUGCGCCAGCCCCCCCGCCCACCAUCACCAGCCUCCCUCCUCUGUGGGCCAGGAGCGGCUGCAUUGUGAGGACCCGUCCGGCCCGCGGCUGCAUUGUGAGGACCCGUCCGGCCCCCGGCUGCAUUGUGAGGACCCGUCCGGCCCCCGGCUGCAUUGUGAGGACCCGUCCGGCCCCCGGCUGCAUUGUGAGGACCCGUCCUACAGCGCUGAGAACCUUCGCCGUAUCGCCCGCAGCCUGAGCGGCACCGUCAUCAGAACCCGGCCCGAGCAGCUCGCUGGCUCCCACAGCUUCGAGCCAUCGGUCGCCAGGACGACGAAGCAUGCGGAAGGCAGAGUCUCACGUCGCGCUAGCCCCUCCCCCCACCUCCCCGCCCCCCACAAUCCCCCUGUGUUCCCCGCUGACCCCCAACACCACCAUCAGCACCACCAGCACCAACACCACCACCAUCUCCACCCAGCCCAAACACCUCACCCGUCCCAGCAGCUGCUGAGGCCCACUGUGACGGGGCCCGUCCGGGGACACCCAGGAGAUUCCCAGAAGGCCCACAAGUUUUUGGCUGUGCUUGACGGGCGUGAAGCUCUCCCCAGCGAAAGCUACCACAGCGUGGCACUGAGCUACGGCACGCUGCCGCGGGCACCUCGACGGACGGCCUCGGGGUCCUCGCUGCCCAGGGACAGCGCCCGCACGGGCGAUCUGCUCCAGCAGCAGCAGCCCCCCCACAGCCACGCCCACUACGCCACCCUCGCCCACCCCCGCCACUCCGCCCCCGCCGGCCGCCUCGCCCCUUACGGGCAGCCCCCGCCCCCCCACGGCGCCCACGAGCACCCCCUCCCCCGGUACCGCACCCUCCCCCACCCCCACCCCCAGCAGCUCGAGGGCCCCGCCCAGCCCGUCCGGCUCGACGUGCCCCCCGACGGAGACUGGCGGGGGAGCGAGUACAGGAAGGCCCCGCCCCCGUCCCACGCUCACCCCCACCCCCACCCCCACCCGCACCCGCAGCCGGCCCCCAGGCCCGCCCCCUACGCCAGGGGGCCCCCCGGCCGCGCCCCGCUCUGCUCCCUGUGCCAGCAGGUCCCCGCCGAGCCCUCGCGGUACUACUGCUACUCCUGCGGCAUGUACAUGUCCCGCUUCCGGCCCACCAGCCGCUAGAGCGCCCCCCGCAGGAGGGCGUGAACACUGCGCGAGCUGUUCUGUACGGGACCCCCCCGACGACGCCUUUGGGACCAGCUCUACGCCGUCAGCGCGCUGCGGAGCAACCGACCGGACCGUCGCCCCAACCGACGCUCACGUGGAACGCCAAGCUCGCGGCUCACUCUUUUGCUUAGGGUAACCGUUAAACGGUGCUGCGUCGUCACAAUGGCCCGUGGUCGAGAGAGACAGGGAAAGCCGCGGAGGGAUACGUUCGUUCCGUCUCUCUGACCGGAACUACUUCCGGCUGCGACAGGACUUCUCAGCGUACCGCUUCCUUUACGCCAGAACGGAAGUGUUGUCGUCGUCCUCUCAGUCGAGACGGAACCUCCCUGUCCUUUCCACAGGGCUGCCUUUCUGUUUUAUUUUUUUAAUGUGUUCAGCGAACGUGUGCGUUAGCUCCUCUGUGGACUCUGGGGCGUGAGAUGCAGACGUGUUUCAGCUCCUGGGGAGCGAUGCGCUCGGCUGCAGGAGAGCACACGAACCGGGACGUCCCGUCAGAACACAGAGGCGCACCGAAUUUGGGGUUGUAUGGAGGAUAAAUGCACGCAGCGCUUUUGCCCCGGUAACACCCCUCCAAAACGGGCGGGGCAAAAAGAGGGCGGAGACUCAAGGCCUUUAUGACUGUGACCAAUAAAAAAGGGGAGGGGUCCCAGCGCUUAACGGACACCGGUCAACAGAGGAGUCGACCAAUCAAGAGGAGGUCGCUACAGUGGCAUCAUUCAAAAUUAAUAUCUGGGAGAAUCGAUUUAGCCACGAUUGCCACGGUUUCAUUUUUUUCAUGCAAUUAAAAUGGACGCCUUAGAAAGACAGUUACUCUGACUUAGAGGAGCAGCUGAAGGGGUCCUACGUAGUUGAGGUUUUGAUUUUGUUUUUGUUUCUGUUUUUUUAAAAAAGGAGCAGGUCUUAGUCUUUUACACUUAGCAAUUUGGCUCCUUUGUGAGGUCCUCAAGCUUUUGUUUUUACUUUGAGCUAUUUAUUUUUAGGAGACGGGUAGGUUGUGUAUAGCUUGUACAAAUGUUUUAACUGAAUGCUUCUUGUACCCAGAAACAGGCCUGCUUUACUUUUGUAUUUCUCUAUCCUACCAUUGUCUGCUAGCGUCGUAGAGUUGGUAUGGACUGAACAUUUUAACCUUUCGAAUGGAGAGGUGACCGUAACUUUUCCGUAAGUGGAAUUAUUCGUAGCAAACAACUUAGCCUUGCAUUUAAUGUUACAGGCAUAGACUGCCUAGAUGUUAUACUGAAUAUUUUUUUGAACUGUAGGAGAAGAUGUAAAAAAAAAAAAACGCUAUAUUUUAAGACGAUGUGAGACGUCUGUUCUCUAGUGCUUUGUGUUUACUUUAUGUGCAUAAAGACGAGUUGAGCGCAUUUCAGAAGUGCAAAGGUAGAUACCCACCACUGUUCUGACUCAAUUGCCUUUGUUCCCCGGUUUUCUGGGGGAGAUAUUCCGGGCUAGCCUAUUUUUUUAAUAAACGUGACGGCACUGCUACGUAGCCCAUUAGCCUCGUUAGCCUAAAUACCGUGGUACAGGAUUGAGGUUCGAACGUCUGAGAAAGGUACCCACUGUUAGGAUCAUGGAAGACGUGUUCCGUUUUUGACAUUUAAAUGCCUACCCGAAAUAACUCUAAAGAGGGCUUUGCCAAAUCGUGAGUACUAGAUUGGUAGCAUUAGGGCCCAAGUCUAAGUUAAUGAAUAAUAUCCUCCGGUUUUUUUGUUUUGUUUGUUUGUUUGUUUUAUUUGGCGGAAAUUCCACACCAUUGGGUCAGCAAAUGCUUCUGUAUUUACAGGGUUUAAAAUAUGUGAUUUAGCCUUAUUGUACUGUGGUAGCGACAUGCUCCAGUAUCAUUUCUCUCUCUCUCUCUCUGCGUAAAGAAUACUACUUCAUUUGUAAUUCCGAAAGAUUAAACUCGAUCACGUACAGGAGCGUCUUGCUUUCGGAGGGUGACGUACCGUAGAAAUGGGUCCUAGAAACCAAACUAUUUGGAGGCCUUGCAUAUGCACAAUGUUCGGAGUUUAGCGAAGGCCAGGAUGUUAGAACAAAGUACGAAACGGAAAACGGACAAGAUAUACAGCCUUAAGGACUAAUGCUGUCGGACACAUUCAGCAGUCUGAUCAAAUAUUGAAAUAUUAUAUUAGAUGAAAUAUUUAAUCAAACUGCUGAAAGUCUUCUGUCAGUUUUAUUUAUUAUUUGCAGACAUUGUACACAUUUGGUGCCCAUUUAUGAUUUCCUAUUUUGCUUGAAGUUUUACGAUUUCAGUUUUACACCUUAAUGGCUAUGUUUUUGUUUUGUUUUUUUAAUUGAUUUUAAUUUGCAGUGUCAUUGCCAACAGGAGUUAAACUGCACUGCUGCUGGGAAAAAGGGUGGGUGUUGCUACACAAAUUGAGAUUUGGUUCUCUUGAAACAACAGAAGCAAAAACUGGAAUGUCUAACUUUGCAAAGAUUAGCUGCGUUCUGUCAGUGAGGAUCUGCCCUGUAUUCUUCCUGGGGUUAUAUGGUCAAAGAAGCUGAGCUAGUCUUGAGUCCUGGUGUGAAUGCUGCAAAACACUGCACCCUUGUGGAUUUCCAGUAGAAGUGCAGCUUACAGAUGUGACCUUUUUUUUACAUUUUUUUUUUUUUUUUUUAAACAAACAGGAUUUACAACGACUGUAUAUACACGCGUGUACAGAUAUUACUAGCCUUCGGAAUGAAGUGUGACGAGGAUUUCUUGACAAUGUAAAGGAAUUUUGAUGGCUUUCCACUCGUUUGUAAAUGCUAUGCUGGCAGAUGGAAACUUGUAUUUUUGCAAUAAAGUUACUAUGACGAUCUCCAACAGGAGCAGGGGCACAGUUGAA